GGCGAGAGAGCCGAAGCCCGGGCGGCGAGAGGCAGAGGCGGAGGGCGGUGCUGCAGCUGCUGGAAGCCGGGGUCGGCCGGCAGGAGGCGGCGGAGAGAACUUGAACUUGGCGUCGGGAGCGGGCGCCCCGGACGCCCCCCGCCGGGGCCGGGGCCGGGGCGCCGAGGGACCUGGGCCGCAGCGCUGCUCCCCGAAUGGCCGCGGCGGCGGACCGGGCUCCCGCGCCGCGGCCCUAGGCGGCCUCUCGCCAUGGCCAAGUGGCUAAACAAGUACUUCAGCUUGGGCAACAGCAAGACCAAGAGCCCCCCGCAGCCGCCGCGGCCGGACUACCGCGAGCAGCGGCGCCGGGGCGAGCGGCCCUCGCAGCCCCCCCAGGCUGUGCCGCAGGCCUCGGCGGGCGCCUCGGCGUCCUGCGGUCCGGCUGCCGCCUCCUGCUUCUCAACCUCGUCGGGCUCGCUGCCCGACGACAGCGGCAGCACGAGCGACCUCAUCCGCGCCUACCGCGCACAGAAGGAGCGCGACUUCGAGGACCCCUACAACGGGCCCGGUUCGUCGCUGCGCAAACUGCGCGCCAUGUGCCGCCUGGACUACUGCGGCGGCGGCGGGGAGCCGGGCGGGGGCCAGCGCGCCUUCUCGGCCUCGUCCGCGUCGGGCGCCGCGGGUUGCUGCUGUGCCUCGUCGGGCGCAGGCGCUGCCGCGUCCUCGUCGUCGUCCUCCGGCUCCCCGCACCUCUACCGCAGCAGCAGCGAGCGGCGGCCAGCCACCCCUGCCGAGGUGCGCUACAUAUCUCCAAAGCACCGCCUCAUCAAGGUGGAGAGCGCCGCGGGCGGUGCCGGAGACCUCCCGGGGGGUGCCUGCUCGGGCGGCCGCACCUGGAGCCCGACGGCCUGCGGUGGCAAGAAACUGCUCAACAAGUGUGCCGCCUCGGCCGCGGAGGAGAGCGGGGCCGGCAAAAAGGACAAGGUAACCAUCGCUGAUGACUAUUCGGAUCCAUUUGAUGCCAAGAAUGAUCUCAAGAGCAAAGCAGGAAAGGGAGAGAGUGCUGGUUACAUGGAGCCCUACGAGGCCCAGAGGAUCAUGACAGAGUUUCAGAGGCAAGAAAGCGUCCGGUCUCAUCACAAAGGCAUCCAAUUAUACGACACCCCUUAUGAACCUGAGGGCCAAAGUGUCGACUCGGACUCCGAAAGUACGGUCAGCCCCCGACUGCGGGAGAGCAAGCUGCCCCAGGACGACGACAGGCCCGCCGACGAGUACGACCAGCCAUGGGAGUGGAACAGGGUCACCAUCCCAGCUCUGGCAGCCCAGUUUAACGGCAACGAGAAACGGCAGUCAUCCCCCUCGCCUUCCCGGGACCGGCGGCGCCAGCUUCGAGCUCCGGGAGGGGGCUUCAAGCCCAUCAAGCAUGGGAGCCCUGAGUUCUGUGGGAUCUUGGGAGAAAGAGUGGAUCCUGCUGUCCCACUGGAAAAGCAAAUCUGGUAUCACGGAGCCAUCAGCAGAGGAGACGCCGAGAACCUUCUGCGGCUCUGCAAGGAAUGCAGCUACCUUGUCCGGAACAGCCAGACAAGCAAGCACGACUAUUCCCUCUCCCUGAAGAGCAACCAGGGCUUUAUGCACAUGAAACUGGCCAAAACCAAAGAGAAGUACGUUCUGGGUCAGAACAGCCCCCCGUUCGACAGUGUCCCGGAAGUCAUCCACUACUACACCACCAGAAAGCUGCCAAUUAAAGGGGCCGAGCACUUGUCCCUCCUCUACCCGGUGGCUGUGCGGACCCUCUGAGCGGACCAGCCCCACGCUGCUCUGUGACAGGGCCCAGACUUGGAGGAGCCAGAGGCCCCCCGGCCACUGUCGCUGGCCACGUCCAGUUUGUCGUGUGUAUGGUACUAGCACACCACUGCAUGUCUCUAGAAUGCUGUUGCCACUCGUGGGGGCUGGAGAAAGCCUGGAUAAAGACAGCAGGACAGCCAGCGCGCCACCCCAGCCCCCACCCCCACCCCUCCCUGAGUUUCUGUGAAUUAAAAUAUUUGCAAAUCCAAAGAGAUGCCUUCCAGGAUGAACAAAGGAGAGCAGCUCCAGAGGGGCGCGGGGCGGGGCGGGAGCUCCCUGGGUUGCCGCUCUUUGUUCUCCAGCUGUCACAAAUUCACACCUGUGGGAGGGGGCCGUUUCCCACCGGGCCCGCUGGUGCUGGGAGACAAAUGCGGGUGCUCUGAGAGCCCACAAGAGCCUGGGAGUCCCGCCUCCCCUCUGGUGUGUGUGUGUGUGUGUGUGUGUAUGUAUGUGUGUGUGACUGAGUGUGAGCCCAUACCUGAGAGAACAUGGUCACACACAGAUGUGAGUAACCCACUAAUCCACUUUUAGUCACUUCAGUAUAAUCUUUAGGGGAUCUUCAAGGAAUCAUUGUGCAGUCACAAAGAACUUUCAAUUAUUUAUGAAUAGGGUGUGUAAAUAAAAUAGUCAUUUAAUAUA